CGCCCUCCCUCCACCCAGCAUGGGCCACCAGCAGCUCUACUGGAGCCACCCCAGGAAGUUCGGGCAGGGGUCGCGGUCCUGCCGCGUCUGCUCCAACCGCCACGGCCUCAUCCGCAAGUACGGCCUCAACAUGUGCCGCCAGUGCUUCCGCCAGUACGCCAAGGACAUCGGCUUCGUCAAGCUCGACUGACCCACCCACGGACGCCCGGCACGGACG